AUGGAGGCUACGAUGGAGAAGAGUAAAGCUCAGCCACCAAAGAACCUUUUUACUGUUUCCUCCACAGUGUCUUCUCUAAAGGUCGUGCUUCUGGGUAAAACUGGUUCUGGAAAGAGUGCCUCAGCAAACACCAUCCUGGGGAGGAAAGCCUUUAAAGUGGAUGUCUCAUUUGUAUCUGUGACUAAAAUGUGCAGUAAUCAACAUACUGUAGUGAAUGGUAGAGAAAUUACAGUGAUUGAUACACCAGGAUUGUGUGAUACAAAGAUGUCUGCAAAACAGCUGAAGCGUGAGCUGGAGAAGUGUGUUGAGCUGUCUCUCCCUGGGCCUCAUGCCUUCCUGCUGGUGAUCAGAUUAGAUGUGAGGUUCACAGAGGAGGAGAGGAAUGCUGUGAAGUGGAUCCAGGAGAACUUUGGUGAGGGGGCGCUGAAGUACACUAUAGUGCUCCUCACUCAUGGGGAUGUGCUGGAGGGGAAACCAGUGGAGGAUUUUCUGUGCAAAAGUCCUGAACUCUCAUCUCUUACUGAACAUUUUGGGGGUAGAUAUCAUGUCUUCAACAAUAAGAGUAAAGACAGCACUCAGGUCAGAGAGCUAAAGGAGAAAAUUGAGGCCAUGGUGAAGGAGAAUGGGGGAGCAAACUACACCAGUGAGAUGUACAAGGAGGUGCAGAGAAAGAUAAGAGAAAAGGAGGAG